CUAACUACAAAAUGUCUAUGAGUAUACGAUCAUCUGUUUUUACACUGCGGUGCAUUGACGGUAGGCAACCACAAUGACAAUGAUUUUGAGUUUUUCGAAUUAUCAGCGAUUAUAAACACGUUUUGGCUUGAAAUACAAAUGGCAACCACAUGCACAGCAAUGAAAUAAACACAUGUGAUGUUUUUGUCAAUAAAAUAACCUUGUUAUUCUUAAAAACUAAAUAAAUACCUUAUAAACAAUGGAAAAUGAACUCGGAGAAUCUGAACUAGGUACUUUAGAGUACUGGGAUGAUCGUUAUAAAGAAGAAAUCCAAAAUUUCCGCGCACAUGGCGAUGUAGGCGAAGUUUGGUUUGGUGAAGACAUUGUCGAGCGAAUAAUCAGAUGGAUGAACAAAAAUGUAGACAAUAAAGUCAAAAUUGUUGAUUUGGGCUGUGGUAAUGGUAUGCUUUCAAUAGAACUCUCCAAGGAAGGCUACACAAACAUUAUUGGUGUGGAUUAUUCAGAAGAUGCUAUAAACUUGGCAAAAGAAGUUGCUACAGCCCAGGAAACAACUGUGACCUUUGCGAAAGCAGAUAUUCUAUCAAAUGAUAAUGAUUUACUGAAAAAUGUUGAUAUUUUGUUAGAUAAAGGCACUUAUGAUGCAAUUAGUUUAAGUACUGAUUCACACAUCAACAGACAAAUUUAUAUUGACAAUGUUUAUAAGUUUAUGAAAGAGAAUGCAAGAUUAGUGCUAACUUCAUGUAAUUGGACUAAAGAAGAACUUUGCGAACACUUUGACAAAAGUUUUGCAUGUGUGGAAGUAAUUCCAACGCCUCAGUUUAAGUGGGGUAAAGUAGGUAAUCUUGUUUCAUCUGUAGUGUUUAAAAAGAAAGAAUAAUAAAGAAAUAAACAAGAA